AUGGUGGCGAUGUUCCUCUGCCUGAAGAACAUCCGGACCUUCCUGGCUGCCUGUGCAGACAAGUUUGGGCUCCGCAAGCACCAGCUCUUCGGCGCCUUCGACCUCUUCGACGUGCAGGAUUUCGGCAAGGUCAUAGACACCCUCUCAACGCUCUCAUGGACCCCCAUCGCGCAGAGCAAAGGCUUCACGCCCUUCCCGGCCGAGGACAGCGUUGGGGACGACGACGUCUACAGCGGCCUCUCGGACGUCAUCGACGACACGGCGGAGGAAGACGACGACCUCUACGACUGCAUGGAGGCCGAAGGCACCGACGGCGACGACAUCUACGAGGACCUGAUGCGCACGGAGGCCCCCGGGCCCGCGCACAAGGCGCCUGGGGUGGACAAGCAGCUCUGCUGCCUCCAGGAGAUCUGGCAGACGGAGGAGAAGUACACGGAGACGCUGGAAUCCAUCUGCCAGCACUUCCUUCGGCCUCUCCGACGCUUCCUGCAGCCCCAGGACCUGGAGAGCAUCUUCAUCAACAUCGAGGACCUGCUCCAGCUGCACCGGCAGUUCCUGGCGGAUCUGCGGGAGGCGCUGGGGGGGGGCGCGGGGGGGCUCAUGGUGACCAUUUUGGGGCCAUUUCGGGCCGUUUGGGGCAGGUUCCUGCUCUACGGCCGCUACUGCAGCCAGGUGGAAGCCGCCUCGCGCCGCCUGGACCAGCUGGCGACCGCCACCGACCUGCGCAUGAAGCUGCAGGAGUGCUCCCAACGGGCCAACAACGGGCGCUUCUCGCUGCGGGACCUGCUCAUGGUGCCCAUGCAACGGGUGCUCAAGUACCACCUGCUGCUCCAGGAGCUGGUGAAGCACACGCCAGAGCCCACCGAGAGGGAGAACCUGCGCGUCGCGUUGGAUGCCAUGAGGGACCUGGCGCAGUGCGUGAACGAGGUGAAGCGCGACAACGAGACGCUGAAGCAGAUCACGAACUUCCAGCUGAGCAUCGAGAACAUGCCGCAGUCGCUGGCCCAGUUUGGGCGCCCCAAGAUCGACGGGGAGCUGAAGGUCUCCAGCGCUGAGCGUCGAACCAAGGCAGACAGGUACGGGUUCCUGCUGGACAAGGCCCUCAUCAUCUGCAAGCGCCGGGGGGACUCGUUCGAGGCCAAGGACGUCGUGGACCUGCACAGCCACCAGCUGCGGGACGGCGGGCUGGGCCCCCGCGACGGCAAGAAGACAGCCGGGCUCCAGGGCUACGAGCUCUUCUUCAAGACCCAAGAGCUCAAGAAGAAGUGGAUGGAGCAGUUCGAGAUGGCUCUCUCCAACAUCUUCCCUGAGCACGCCCUGGCUGAUGGGCAUGAGUUCCAGAUGUUCUCCUUUGAGGAUACCACGUCCUGCAAGGCCUGCCAGAUGUUGCUGCGGGGCACCUUCUACCAGGGCUCUCGGUGCAGCCGGUGCCGGACCCCGGCCCACAAGGAGUGUCUGGGGCGCGUGGGGCCUUGCGGCAAGAGCGGCCAUGAUUCAACUGCAGCCAGAAAGAACAAGCUGCAGAGGCCGGGCCCUGAGAAGAAGCGGGGGGACCUGGGACUGCCCAAGAUGGAGGCGAACCAGCCCUAUAGCGGCAUCCCCCCGCCCCCGGGGAACAUGGGGCCGCCCUUGCGCCUCAGCCCCGGGGACAUCGUGGAGGUGACGAGGGCGGAGGUCGAGCAGCUCUGGUGGCAGGGUAGGAACGCGGCCACCGGCGAGUCCGGCUGGUUCCCCUGCUCGGCCGUCCGGCCCUACGUCUGCACGCCGCUCCCGGAUCUCUCCGUCUACCUCUGGUACGCAGGCCCCAUGGAACGCGGGGAGGCCGAGCAGCUGCUGACGCCCCGCUCGGACGGCACCUUCCUGGUGCGGCAGCGGGUGAAGGACGCCGGCGAGUUCGCCAUCAGCAUCAAGUACCGCGCGGAGAUCAAACACAUCAAGGUGAUGACGGCGGAGGGGCUCUACCGCAUCACGGAGAAGAAGGCCUUCAAGGGGCUGGUGGAGCUGGUGGAGUUCUACCAGCGCAACUCGCUCAAGGACUGCUUCAAAGCCCUUGACACGGUCCUGCAGUUCCCCUUCAAGGAGCCCGAGCACCGGGCCAGCCCCCGGCCACCUGGCGCCGUGCGCUACUUCGGCUCCGCCAAGGUCCGCUACGACUUCUGCGCGCGGGACCGCACGGAGCUGACGCUCAAGGAGGGCGACGUCAUCCGCAUCCUCAGCAAGAAGGGCCACCCGGGCUGGUGGAAAGGGGAGAUCUACGGGCGGGUUGGCUGGUUCCCGGCGAACUACGUGGAGGAGGAUUACUCGGAAUAUUGCUGACCCCGGCCU